GUAGGGUUGAGGUUGUACGUACGUAUUAGCGUGCCGAGAUAUUCCAUGUAGGCAAAUACGUUACAUUGUUACCAAGCGGUAACGCACCUACCCACAUAGGUAACACGAAACCUUGCUGUACCUUCCCGGCGCAUAUUUGUGCCCCUCCAUGCGAUGACGUCGAAUCCACCAGCAGAAGCUUCCAUUUUCUUUUCUUUUUCUGCUUGCAUAUUCUUCAUUCCAGCUGCAAUUCCUCGCAUUCCACCACUGUACAUACGCACCUCCACGAGGAGACCUGCCGGUUCCCCUGAAACCUCGCGGGGUCCUGGAGAAAGUCUGCAAUUUUAACUCGUUUCUCUCCAAUUGGCAUCAGAAUUAAAAAAAUAAAAAAUCCAGACAUUCUCACCGAUCGCCCCCAAACCUCGAACCACACCCACACACACACCCACAGCCAUGGCCACCCCCCAACAACCACUCUUCGGCCUCCUCCCCGCCGGGCAACCGCUAAUAACAACCCCGACCUCGCAACCGCUCCCCUCGAACUUCCUCUACGCGAUCCCGCACACGCUCCCGCCCUCGCCCUCCAACCCGAAUCCAAAACCCUUCUCGCACCUCUGCGUCUUCCUGCUACCGGGCGCGUCAACGGCCCUCCCCCCCGGGACCGCGGCGGGGAUCUACGUGGCCCUGAACCCGGGCGCGCUGGCCGCGGCCGACGGCUCCGACCCGCGCUUCCAGUUCCUGGGCGGCGUGGGCCCGGGAAAGGAGAGCGCCGUGUUCAAGCUGUCGCCGAGCACGAGCUCGAGCUCGGCCGAGGGCGUGGUGAUCGGGAUUAGCGUCGAGGAGGCGGGCGUUGUGGCCGAGAAGAUACAGCAAUUGCACCCUGGCGACCCUUCUGCUUCUACAUCUACCACUGUUGUACCACACGCGGGAGCUGGGGGGGGAGUAGGAGGAGGGGGCCAACCGUCAACGCAGAUCCUGGCGCAGCGCAUAAUACAGAACGCGUUCAACUUCCUGUCGGGCUUCAGCGGGAAGGUGGGCGCCGAGGGCGUCGAGGUCGUCCCGUUGAAGGCCUUCCAGGAGUGGUGGCGCAAGUUCGAGAACAAAGUCCGGAACGACCCGGCCUUUCUCGAGAGGGAACAGGAUUAAUUGGUGUCGACGGGCGUGUUAAAUGAAGGAGAGGGGAAGAAGAAAAAAAAGGGAAAAAAGGGAACGGGUGGAUGCGUGGGUGAAGAUUAGGAUACGGAGUGUUGGUAGGAGCUCACUGAGAAAUCAGAAACGAAUCAACACAAUCCCAGAUGCAAGAGGGUUGUACAGCAGUAAUUUUGGCUUAUGGUCGACUUAUUUAGAAUAAUGUAAUCUACCUAAGUACCUAGGGUAAUUCUUUACACAUAAUGGCAGUUGAGACAUACAUAACAGC